UUUUAAUGGGAACUGCUUGUGCUCUAAAUUAACAAUCUAUUGAAUAAUCUCCUUAACUAUUGUUGGAUCACUAUGAUCUCAGAGCUUAUCCUUUUCAAUGCAAUGCUAAACUUUAUACGCAUUGCCCUUCUAAAUAAGACAUUUCUAAAAUUUUAGUCUAAUAAUCUAAAUAGUUCAUUGAUGAUGAAUUACCUUCAGAUUCUAAUGGAUCCUUUUUAGAAGGUUCUCUUAAAAGAACAUAAUCUUAUAAUACACAAAGAAAUAGUUUAGAUUUCUCUAUAAAUAAGACAGAAACAUCUAAAAAAGGAAUUCUUAGAUAACAAUCAUCUUUAAAAACGAUAAGUUAAAAAUCUGUUUAACAAAAAAAUAAGAAGAAGGUACAUUUUUAAAAAUCUAAAUUUGUAAAAAUGUGA